AGGAGCUAGAGAUGCUAUUAGGCUGCCAUUUUAUCAAACGUGAGACGUCAGCCCAGAGAUGGAAAACUUCAUUCUGUAUGAAGAGAUUGGCAGAGGAAGCAAGACAGUUGUCUACAAAGGGCGACGGAAGGGAACAAUCAAUUUUGUAGCUAUUCUCUGUAUUGAUAAGUGCAAGAGGCCUGAAAUAACCAAUUGGGUUCGUCUCACCCAUGAAAUUAAACACAAGAAUAUUGUAACUUUUCAUGAAUGGUAUGAAACCAGUAAUCAUCUCUGGCUAGUCGUGGAACUCUGCACAGGUGGUUCCUUAGAAAUGGUUAUUGCUCAAGACGAAAACCUCCCAGAAGAUGUUGUAAGAGAAUUUGGGAUUGACCUGAUUACUGGAUUACAUCAUCUUCAUCAACUUGGCAUUCUCUUUUGUGACAUUUCUCCUGGGAAGAUACUCUUGGAAGGGCCUGGCACACUGAAGUUUAGUAAUUUUUGCUUGGCCAAAGUGGAAGGUGAAAGUUUGGAAGAGUUCUUUGCAUUGGUGGCAGCAGAAGAAGGAGGAGGAGGUGAUAGCGGGGAAAAUGUACUGAAGAAAAACAUGAAAAGUAGAGUCAAAGGAUCUCUUAUCUAUACAGCUCCAGAAAUUGUGAGGGGUACUGACUUCUCCAUUACCAGUGACCUGUGGUCCUUGGGCUGCCUGCUCUAUGAAAUGUUUUCAGGAAAACCUCCGUUCUUCUCAGAAAGUUUCUCAGAAUUAGUUGAAAAGAUUUUUUAUGAAGAUCCUUUGCCACCUAUUCCAAAAGAUUCUUCUCGUCCUAAAGCUUCUUCAGAUUUUAUUAAUUUGCUUGAUGGUUUACUUCAAAAAGAUCCUCAGAAAAGAUUAACUUGGGCAGGACUACUGCAGCAUUCAUUUUGGAAGGAUGCUUUCACUAGAAAAGAUCAGGACUCAAGCAACGAGGAUUCCAGUGUCAGCAGAAACCUGGAGUAUUCUGGGUCACAAGAUUCCAAGGAGCUUCUCAAGAGCCCUCAUUGUGGACAAGCAAAAGGGGAGGAGAGUGGUGAGCAGCCCGGUCAGUCCUUCAGACUAGAAAAUCCAUCUGAGUUGCGGCCUAAGAGCACUCUUGGGGGUCCAUUGAAUGAGUCCAUGUUUCUUCUCAGUUCUCGUCCGACUCCAAGAACUAGCACUGCAGUGGCAUUAAAUCCUGGUGAGGCUAUGACUCAAAUUUCACCACAGAAGACUUCUCCCUUGACCAAAAUUACAAGUGGACACCUGAGUCAGCAGGACCUGGAGACCCGGAUGAGAGAGCUUAUCUACACAGACUCAGAUCUUGUCAUCACCCCAAUUAUUGACAAUCCGAAGAUAAUGAAACAACCACCAAUUAAAUAUGAUCCAAAAAUAUUGCAUCUACCAGCACAUUCAGUGGAUAAAUUAGUAUUUCUAGAAGACCAAGAUUGGAGUGACUUUCUGCAACAAGUGUGCUCACAGAUCGACUCCCCCGAGAAGAGCACAGGGGCCUCCCGAGCCAAGCUGAAUCUCCUUUGCUACUUGUGCGUGGUGGCCGGGCACAGGGAGGUGGCCACCAGGCUCCUCCACUCACCCCUGUUCCAAUUGCUAACCCAGCAUUUGCGAAUAGCUCCAAACUGGGAUAGAAGGGCCAAGGUAGCUCGGUUGAUUGGUUUACUGGCCUCGCACACAACGGAGCUCCAGGAAAAUACACCUGUUAUUGAGGCAGUUACUCUCUUAACCGAAUUAAUUAGGGAAAACUUCAGGAACAGCAAAUUAAAACAGUGCCUUUUACCAACCCUGGGAGAGCUGAUCUAUCUUAUAGCCACCCAGGAAGAAAAAAAAAAGAAGCCCCGAGAAUGCUGGGCUGUUCCCUCGGCUGCAUACACGGUGCUAAUGAGGUGCCUUCGGGAAGGGGAAGAACGUGUUGUGAAUCACAUGGCAGCAAAGAUUAUUGAAAAUGUCUGCACUACCUUUUCUGCUCAGGCCCAGGGCUUUAUUACAGGAGAAACUGGGCCUGUUUUAUGGUACCUAUUCAAACAUUCUACCGUUGAUUCUCUUAGGAUAACUGCAAUAUCGGCCUUGUGUAGAAUCACUCGCCAUUCUCCUACUGCCUUCCAGAAUGUUAUUGAGAAGGUGGGACUGACCUCAGUCAUAAACUCCCUGGCCUCUGCCAUCUGCAGAGUCCAGCAGUACAUGUUGACCUUAUUCAGUGCUAUGCUGUCCUGUGGGAUUCAUCUUCAGAGGCUAAUCCAAGAAAAGGUUUGACCUAUUACUCUACUUUAAAAAUUGUUGUGUUCUCCUACAAUUUUAGUGGCUCAAUAA